UCUGUUCCUUAUCCGGGGACUGGAUUGCUGCCUGUGAUUGUGCCGCCAGAGGUCACAUGGUGAAAGAAACUUUACAGGGUCGCUUGGUAGUAGGAGGGCUUUAUGGAGGCAGAAAAACGACAAAGCGAGAAAAAUUAUUUUCCCCAAUCCAGAAAUUAAUGAUCAUGAGUUCCUAUUUGAUGGACUCUAACUACAUCGAUCCGAAAUUUCCUCCAUGCGAGGAAUAUUCACACAAUAGCUACAUCCCUGACCACAGUCCGGAAUACUAUAGCCGGGCAAGGGGGGGACCCCCGGAUAUCCAGCAUCACCAUCAGGACUUGUACCCCACGCCUCUACCUCGCGCUAGCUACCCGAAGCGCCAGUACAGCUGUACCAGCCUCCCGGGGCCGCUGAACCCCCGGGGGUCACGGCCCGGGCCAAGGCGGCCACCACACCGACCCAGAAAGCCCAGCCGCUGGUGCGAAACGGGGUCCCUCUCCGGCCUUUCCACCUCCCCAGCACCAGCUCCUCCAGCCUGCAGUCAGCCCGCCCCCGAUCAUCCAUCCAGCGCCGCCGCCGCCCCGCCACCAUAGCCUCCAGUUGUGUACCCUUGGAUGAAAAAAAUUCACGUUAGCACGGUGAACCCUAAUUACAAUGGAGGCGAGCCGAAGAGGUCGAGAACGGCAUACACCCGACAGCAGGUCCUGGAGCUGGAGAAGGAGUUUCACUACAACCGCUACCUGACCCGGCGACGCCGCAUCGAGAUCGCGCACUCGCUGUGCCUCUCGGAGCGGCAGAUCAAGAUCUGGUUCCAGAACCGGCGGAUGAAGUGGAAAAAGGACCAUCGCCUUCCCAACACCAAAGUCCGUUCGUCCGCCCCGGCUGGAACCGCACGGCCCUCCCUGCCCGCCGCCGCCGCUGCCGCCACCGCCACGGGCGCGGGCUCCUCCGAAGACCCGGUUCCAACUCCCACCCCGCAAGAACAACGAGCAGAAGAUAUUACCAGGUUAUAAACCUACCCCCUCCCUCACCUCUCCCCCACC